AUGGCUAAGAAAUCAAAUAGUAAGAAGAAAACUGUUAAAAAUGUUGUUAAAUCAGAAGAAGAUAAUGGUGUUGAAUCGAAAAAUGGUGUUCAAAAACCUAAAACUCCAGCAAAGUUUCAAUGUAAACAAUGUGAAAAGAAAUUUAAUAAUAGAGAACUGGUUAGUUUACAUGCUUAUGCUGCUCAUAAAAUUCCAGAAGAUGUUGUUGCUUAUGAAAUUAUUAAACCUAAUGUUGAAGUUAAAAAAGCAAAAAAGAAAGAAGUUGAAAAAGAUGAAAUUGAAAAAAAUAAAGUUGCUAAAGAUGAAGAAGCUGAUAAAAUGCAAGUUGAUGAAGCUAAUAUUUAUCAAGAUAGUAGGAUUGUUGAUAAUUCAACUAAAUAAGUAGGUUGUAUAUUUAUUAAUUGAUAUGUAUCAGAAUACUGCAUAUAAUAUAAAUUUCUCUCUCCGUAUUUUUUCUAUAUCGUGGCAAAAAUAAAUGGUAGUAUAAUAAUGUCAUCUUCUGCUUUAAUUGAUAACAAAUAUGAUGAACAUUUUAAUAUGCUAAACCAAUACAUUAAAAAGAUAGAGAAAAUAUCUAGGCUAUCAAUAUAUGAGUUUCUAUUCAUUAUAUCAUUUGUUUUCAAUUUUUUAAUUGCUAGAAUUAUACAUUAUACCUCGCCUGAUGAAGAAAUUUAUAAUUAUUAUAAUGAUAAAUCGAAUAUAUUCAAUCAGUUGUUUGUUAAAAAAGGUUGGGGAUGGACUACAAUUAUAAUAAUAUAUUUUUACGUCAACAAUGUACUAAAUAGAUCAAAAGGAAAGUCAUUUCCACCCCAGGUAUUUAUUGGUGCAGUUGCAAGAUACAUUAUUUUAACAAUAUGGUGGAUCUUUUUCACUCAAUGGUGUUUUGGCUUACCUUUAAUGGAUAAGAUAUUUAUUUUAACUGGUGGUAAAUGUGUAAUUGAAAAAGAACCAAUUCACUCAUCAUUUAUAAAAUCAAUUGAAGAUGAAAUUUGGACAAGUACUACUGUUACAUCAUAUCAUUGUAAGAAAUUAAAAGGUAAUUGGCAUGGAGGUCAUGAUCCAAGUGGACAUGUAUUUUUAUUAAUUCAUUCAUCAUUAUAUUUAUUUUUAGAAACUUUUGAAAAUUGGAGAGAUACUAUUGAGAUAAUUAGAAUCAGAUCGUUCAAAGAAUUUUCUCGAGCAUUAUGGGAAUUACCACAAUUGUUAAUAAUAGCGUUAAUUAGUUUAUGGUGGUUUAUGUUAUUAAUGACAAAUACUUAUUUUCAUUCAAUCUUAGAAAAGUUAGUUGGUUUAAUAUUUGGUUAUAUUGGUAUCGUACUAGUUUAUAUUAUACCUAGAGUUUAUUUAAAGCAAAAAUUUGAAUAG